AUGUCGCCGGGGGGUGCCGCCGCGCCGCCGAUAACAAAAUCACUAGAGAACGUGUGCCCAGAUGCUGACAACACACUUGAAAUGGACGCGAGAUCUUUUGGGGUGAAAAAAGUUGAUGCGUACAGAAUUAAUUGCAUUAAUAAAGUGCGGCCGGGCCGGUGUUUAGGGACGCGGGGCGAGCGCGGGCGGCGGGCCGGGGGGAGGGGGUCGCUCGCGGCCGCCGGGGGUGAGGAGGAGGCGCGGGGGGCUGCGGGGGGCGGCGGAGGGGGGGACGCGGGGGCGAACGGACACAAAGGAGAGGCGCGGCCGGCGGCGGACCGCGGCUGGCCUUAUCACGGGCACACAGUCGCCGCGCGCGCCUCGCGACGAACGUCUCGCGACACACAGACGGUCCUGACCCGCGAGCCGGGACCCGCGCCCAGACUCGUGAUAGUGAGUGAUACAUUAAACCUGUGA